UUCCGUAGAGUCCAAACUCAGACCCCGUAAACAGGGCCCGACGAAUACUGGGCCCAACGAAUACUCCUCUGACGGAGAAGUAUUCUUCGGGCCCUGCUUACGGGUCUCAUAUCCAGACCUGCCAGAGACGGUGCUGCAUAUACCAUGGAGGAAGGUGACCAGAUGUUACACGGGUCGUUUGUUGAUGGUGCUCGAACCCGACUCAGACUGAGUCUGACUCCAAAAUGGCGAGUGAGAAUCACGGCCUGCCACCAGAAGUCCAUAUCGACCAUUGGAACGAGGCCACCAACAUCUACAUGGUGGUCUUCGUGGUUUCAAUUUGGCUCUUUGUGUAUCUGAAGAGGCAUAAGGGAAUGUUUGCCCGGUUUUUUGCCCGGCCCACUGCGGCCAUGGAGGAGAGAACCCAGCGAUACCGGGAAGAACUCAAGCAAGUCCGACUGCGACAGCAACUCAACAUGUAUUAUAUCUCCCGAAAGUGGGAGCAGAGUAGACAGAAACCUGAGGUUAUUGAGCACCACGUGGACAUGGACAUGAUCGGCUCUUCCUGAGGACCUCGAGAACAGAAGGCAGAGUCCAAAAUCAUCUGUGCCCGGGGCACAAUCUCUGAGGUCUUUGCUAGUGGCAAGCAUCGGGGCACUUAUUGACAGUAGACAUUGCCAUGGCUCUAGAAGCUAGAAGCAAGUGAUGAUAACUGAUCCUGCCCAAAUCUUGUAGGAAUUAAAAAGAUGGUGGAGUUGCAAUCUCCCUAUGCCCAGACUCAAGAGGGCGCUUUUUACCCUCCUCUUUUGACUGAUGAUGCAGAGAACGUAAAUUGCACUGGCUGACCUCCCAUAUAAAUGACAAAUCGUCAUGUGAGCAUUCGCAUUUGGAGCUUUCAUCAUGGGCAUUACUUGCCAGGAUUUUGUGGGGGGGGGCUUGUUUGGAGAGGGGAGGGCUUUUUCGGAGAUGGGGGGGUUAGAGGGAGGGUGGGCAUAGCUCUCAUCAGCAAUAAACUGAUCAACCAUUAACAGUGGAAGGGUUCAGUUCCGAUUUCCAAGUAAACACAUGAUUUUUGACCCUCUGGUGUUCUUUCUCGCAUCUCAUCUGAUCUUUUUUUCCCUUUAUUUUCUUUUCUUUUUUUUUCAAGUGCUGUUAUAACAGUGUACAUGUCUAAAUGUACUGGAUGUUAAACUGUCAAAUGCAAUUCACUUGUCCAGUAAACAAGAUGAAAUUACAAUUACAUGUACAUAUGGCUGUUUUCCCUCAUUAAAAUUUGCAUUGAGUUUUCAUGGAUUACGUGGUCAAUUUAUGCGAAACAUUUCAAACACCAGUGUGUUCACUAUUUGCAGUGAAAAUUUACAUUUUUGGGGAAUGUACAGUUUAUAACUGCCCAUACAGUAUUAAGAAUCUCACACAAGUAAUCAA